GUGACCAGGGUGCACUACAGGCGACUCCCACCUCCUCUAACAUGGCGGACCUCAACCGGCAGCUGCAGGAAUACUUGGCCCAGUCGAAAGGCGCCGGCUCGGCGGAUACAGUCCCCCUGCUGCCCGCGGAGGGAAAGGAGGCGGCGCAAGCCGGAAGGACGUCCUCGGUGGGAGUCUGGCUCGGCCGAGUGAACCCUUUCCCGGGCCGGGGAGGCGUAGGCUGGGCCUGGCUGCGGGGCCCGGCGGGGCCGCCUGAGGAUCCCGAGCCGGGCCCAAGACCCCCGUGCCUGCCGAGCCUGUCGCGCUGGCAGCGCUUGUCGGCGAGCGGGGUGUGCCUGGUGUUGGCGGCGCUCUGCUUCGGGCUGGCCGCGCUCUACGCGCCGAUGCUGCUGCUCCGCGCCCGCAAGUUCGCCCUGCUCUGGUCGCUGGGCUCCGUGUUCGCGCUGGCGGCCGCCGCCCUGCUGCGCGGGGGCCCCGCCUGCCUGCGGCUGCUGCGCUGCGAGGAGCCGCCGUCGCGGGGCGCACUGCUCUACCUGGCGGCGCUGGGCGGCACGCUGUACGCGGCGCUGUGGCUGCACAACACGGCUCUCACGGCGCUCGGCGCCGCCUCGCAGGUGGCCGCGCUGCUGGCCGCUCUGCUGGGCCUGCUACCCUGGGGCAGCGGCCCGGCCCUGCGCUACGCGCUCGGCGGCGUCUGCGGCGGCCUGGCACGGACCCUGCCCGUGUGAGCGGCGGGACCUGCUGAGCGCCCCCGGGGAGGACUCCGAGACUGCGCGGCGGUGCGAGAACGCCCGAGGCCCCCGCACGGGCCCGGCGCAGGACUGCGGGGGGUGAGGGGCCGGUGUCGGCAGCCCCGAGCCUGGAGGAGCCGGGAGCCGGGGACCGCGUCGUCCGUGCCAAGGAGCGCCCGGACGUCGUCAGGUGGGAGCCAGCAACAGCUUCCUGGAGUACCGCAGCUUCCUGAUGUGAAUAAAUGGAUUGUGAACUAACCACGAACAUUUUUCCAGUGAAUUUUAACUUCACCUGCGGAAUAGCCUUUGGGGUUGUUAUCUUUUCAUUGUAUUAAAAUAAGGCCGGUGAAAAAGAAUGAGACUUCCGUUUGAGCUUCUAAUUAGCCAGUUUUUAUUUCAUUCCGAUAUUCUGGGUGGGAGUAUUAUUCUACUUUAAUCUCAUCUCUUUUUUCCUUUCAUUUAAAAUUACAGGAGCACACUGUACUUUUACCGCGGUGGCCUUUUUUUCCUCACUCAAAAUUUUAAGCAACUGGUUCUUCCCCUUGCUGUCUGCUUUACAGUAUGAGUGAGUUUAAGCUUAAGUGCAAUUUUAAUAUUAAAAGCUGAAUUUUACUUGUAUUUAGGUAGCUCAGCGCUGUUUUCUCUUGAGUUUGUCUUUAUGAGUUCACAUUAUAGUGCCUUGUAGGAUUAAAGUACCGCAUACAGGCAUGAUUCCUAGGACUUGCCUCUAAAUGAGCUGUCAUCUGGGCAAGUUUAAAGACAUCAGCCGGCAAUACAGCAGCGUGGUGCUGGAAAACCUCAUGAAAGAAUUUAGAGAAUCAGCAAGUUAGUGCAAAAGUUAUAUUGCGCCCAAAGGGAGCCGAUUUCUUAAACCAUAUGUGUAUUUUCUGUUGGUUUACAGCUUGUAAGGAGCUGUUGGUGUUUCCAUUAGUAGACAAAUGCAUUGUUCUUAGUUAUUAUUCCUGGGUUUCAACAAUUUUACUAAAUAGCUUUUUAUUUACAAGUUUACGUUGCACUUUAAAGUUGAUUGUGAGCCUGAUUAGGAAUAGAAAAAUUUAUCAAAACAGAUGGAAGAUAAAUAUUAUACGGUUAUACAUUUAAAAUGUGCAAAUCUUGAAUAAGAUUUUAUCGGUUUGAAUAAUUGGCUUCACCCUUGCUAUUUUAGGCUAGAUUAUAACAUACAGUAUUCUUAACAGAAAGCAGUGCAUCAAGUGGCACCAAAAGCAUUGAUUGCAGCUUGAAUUCAGGAACAGAAAUGCUGGGCAAUACUUACAUCUGUAGUUGGACUUGGGAGUGUGUGUGCUCUCAAAUUUCCCCAAUUUCCGUUAGUGUUAAGUAACCUUUAACAUCCUGUCUGCCAAACCUUGUACAGGAGAUGGUAAUUGCCAAGUGGGUAUGUAUGAUAGCCUAUAUCCCAUUUAUGGUAAACUCAGGUUAUGUCUCUGGUAUGAAUAUUCUCAUUAAAAUUCUUUGUGGACUUGGGCAAGUUAUAACUUUUUGCCUCAGUUUCCCUGUCUGUAAAAUGGGGAUAACUACCUACCUCUCAAAUAAAGAUCAUAAUACUGUAUUAAUGUAUUCGGUUACAAUAAAUUUUGACCUUCAAAUCAGAAAAA